AUGUUGGAGAUUAUUUCAGUUGUUAUUGGUGACGGCGAUUUUUGGUUUAGGUCGCAUGGGAGCGCAUCUUAUUAUUGGUUAGUCAUCUUCAUGACUUAUGCAACGCUAUUAUAUUUCAUGUCAAGCUUUUCUUAUCGAUGGAUAACUGGACCGUAUAAGAGUGAAAUUUAUAUUGAUUUAUUUUUAUCGAAUUUGUGGAUUAUUGUUUCAUUAAUGAAUAUUAUAUCAGCAUUUAAUGGAGUGAAAUUAACAUGUGACUAUCCAGAAGAUAUGAGUCAACGCGUUCGCACAACUCGUUGUCAUCUAUUCCUGUCAAGUAUGUCAUUAGGUUGGAUAGUUACGGCCACAUUCAUAUAUUCUUCAUACAUUUCAAUAAUGAGAUGGCGUAAACGACCGAUUGAAGCCGUUCCACCUAAAUUCAUUGAACCUCCAACGGUAUCGCAUAGACCUGAUACCUAUCUUGUACAAAAGGGAAUUUUGGCAGACGGACAGCCUGUAUUAUUUUUCCACAUGGCUCAAAAAAAUUCAAAUUCAAAUUUAACGUCGGCAAAAUGGGGUGAAAGUGGAAAUGUUACACCUUCUGCUACUGGCUCUAAUAAUGCUUCAAAUAGUAAUAUAAAUGAUUACACAGGAAAUCAACACACUGCUUCAUCAUCUAGAGCAAGUAUUUAUCUUCGUGGUAAAGAUACCACUGAAGUAUAA